GGUCUGAAAUUGAGGCGGGGGCUACAGCGUCCCUCCCUGACCGCCCGCCUCCUAGCGUGGCUCGCAGCCCCGGGCUGUAGCUGGGUGAAGAGGUGUUGCUAUCUCCUGGCCCCGGAAGGACUUAGAGCGAAUGGCGGGAGAGGGGAGCCGCUAGAGGAAGCGCGAGGGGACGGUUGCGUGCGGACCUGAAGCCCGCGGCCUGGGGAGCCCCUAGACACCGCCGCGUCCAGCCGGCAGCGCCGCCUUGCGCUUCCGGGAGCCCGAGCGAGCGAGUGCGCCUGCGCGCCGGUCCCUCGCGCGCCUUGCCGCUGUCCUCGCGCCGGCCGGCGUUCCGACGGUUCCUUCGGUGCUUCCCGCCCGCCUGCUCGGCUCGGCAGCGCGGGGACGUGCAGCAUGUCGCGGCGGCGGCACCGGGACGAGAACGACGGGGGACCAACUCACAAAAGGAGAAAGACCUCUGAUGCAAAUGAAACUGAAGAUCAUUUGGAAUCUUUAAUAUGCAAAGUAGGAGAAAAGAGUGCCUGCUCUUUGGAGAGCAACCUAGAAGGCUUGGCUGGUGUUUUGGAAGCUGACAUUCCUAACUACAAGAGCAAGAUCUUACGGCUUCUUUGUACAGUUGCACGUCUGUUACCUGAGAAGUUGACAAUUUAUACAACAUUAGUUGGAUUGCUGAAUGCCAGGAAUUACAACUUUGGUGGAGAAUUUGUAGAAGCCAUGAUUCGUCAACUUAAAGAAUCUUUGAAAGCAAACAAUUAUAAUGAAGCUGUGUAUUUGGUUCGUUUUUUAUCUGAUCUUGUGAAUUGUCACGUCAUUGCAGCCCCAUCAAUGGUUGCUAUGUUUGAAAAUUUUGUAAGCGUAACUCAGGAAGAGGAUGUACCUCAGGUGCGACGGGAUUGGUAUGUGUACGCAUUUCUGUCAUCUUUGCCCUGGGUUGGAAAGGAAUUGUAUGAGAAGAAAGAUGCAGAGAUGGACCGCAUCUUUGCCAACACCGAAAGCUAUCUUAAAAGACGCCAAAAGACUCAUGUGCCCAUGUUACAAGUGUGGACUGCUGAGAAACCACAUCCACAAGAAGAGUAUUUAGAUUGCCUGUGGGCCCAGAUUCAGAAAUUGAAAAAGGAUCGCUGGCAGGAGCGGCACAUCCUAAGACCUUAUCUUGCCUUUGACAGCAUCCUGUGUGAAGCAUUGCAGCACAAUUUGCCUCCUUUUACACCACCUCCUCACACUGAGGACUCGGUGUACCCAAUGCCAAGGGUCAUCUUCAGAAUGUUUGAUUACACGGAUGAUCCUGAGGGUCCUGUAAUGCCAGGGAGUCAUUCUGUGGAAAGAUUUGUGAUAGAAGAGAAUCUUCACUGCAUCAUUAAGUCCCACUGGAAGGAAAGAAAUACUUGUGCCGCACAACUGGUGAGCUAUCCAGGGAAGAACAAGAUCCCCUUGAACUACCAUAUAGUUGAGGUGAUCUUUGCAGAGCUGUUUCAACUUCCAGCACCCCCUCACAUUGAUGUGAUGUACACAACACUUCUCAUUGAACUGUGCAAACUUCAGCCUGGCUCUCUACCCCAAGUUCUUGCACAGGCAACUGAAAUGUUAUACAUGCGUUUGGACACGAUGAAUACUACAUGUGUAGACAGGUUUAUUAAUUGGUUUUCCCAUCAUCUAAGUAACUUCCAGUUCCGUUGGAGCUGGGAAGAUUGGUCAGAUUGUCUUACUCAAGAUCCUGAUAGUCCCAAACCAAAGUUUGUAAAAGAAGUUCUAGAAAAAUGUAUGAGGUUGUCUUAUCAUCAGCGUAUAUUAGAUAUUGUUCCUCCUACCUUCUCAGUUCUAUGUCCUGCAAACCCAACCUGCAUUUACAAGUAUGGAGAUGAAAGUAGCAAUUCUCUUCCUGGACAUUCAGUUGCCCUCUGUUUAGCUGUUGCCUUUAAAAGUAAAGCAACCAGUGAUGAAAUCUUCAGCAUUCUGAAAGAUGUACCAAAUCCGAACCAGGAUGAUGAUGACGAUGAAGGAUUCAGCUUUAACCCAUUGAAAAUAGAGGUUUUUGUGCAGACUCUGCUACACUUGGCAGCCAAAUCGUUCAGCCACUCCUUCAGUGCUCUUGCAAAGUUUCAUGAAGUCUUCAAAACCCUAGCUGAAAGUGAUGAAGGAAAGUUACAUGUUCUAAGAGUUAUGUUUGAGGUCUGGAGGAACCAUCCACAGAUGAUUGCUGUACUAGUAGACAAGAUGAUUCGUACACAGAUUGUUGACUGUGCUGCAGUAGCAAAUUGGAUCUUCUCUUCAGAACUAUCGCGUGACUUUAUUAGAUUGUUUGUUUGGGAAAUCCUGCACUCUACAAUUCGUAAGAUGAACAAACACGUUCUGAAGAUACAGAAAGAGCUGGAUGAAGCUAAAGAAAAACUCGCAAGACAGCACAAACGGAGAAGUGAUGAUGAUGACAGAAGCAGUGACAGGAAAGAUGGGGCUCUUGAAGAGCAAAUAGAAAGACUGCAGGAAAAAGUGGAAUCCGCUCAGAGUGAACAAAAGAACCUCUUCCUUGUCAUAUUUCAGCGCUUUAUCAUGAUCUUGACUGAGCAUUUAGUACGAUGUGAGACGGACGGGACCAGCAUAUUAACACCGUGGUAUAAAAACUGUAUAGAGAGGCUCCAGCAGAUCUUCUUACAGCAUCACCAAAUAAUCCAGCAGUACAUGGUGACCCUGGAGAACCUGCUCUUCACUGCUGAAUUAGACCCUCAUAUCCUGGCUGUGUUCCAGCAGUUCUGUGCCCUACAGGCCUAAGGGUCCUUUUUCCUUUCAUGUCAAGAUUUUUUUUUAAAGUCUAAUUUGUCUUAUUUCGGAUGGUUUGAAUGCUUGCUUUCAUGUAGCUCCUUUCACUUUCUAAAGGAAACAGGGAGGACAGUGAAGAAUAUGACAUUGGUUGCCUGUAAUUACCCCUAAAACAAUAUUCCCUAAUGACAAUGUGACGAUCGAUGACCAUAGGAUGUAUUAUAUGUGACAGAUACAACUUUUCUGAUAGACAUUUUUUCUCCUUAAGGCACAAAAGAUAACUGAUUUGAGGUAUGUGAACCCUAGAGGUCAAGCUUACAAAGUAGUAUAUAGAAACAAUGGGUUUAUUACCAAGUAGCAUAGCUUUUCACAGCUUAUGGAUAACCUAACAUGGCUAAAAUAAAACUAAAAAUAUGUUUUUUA